ACCCAGGCAUCCAGCCCCUGGCUCACCCCCACCCCUUCCAGCCCCCACUCCCCUCCGGAACCUAGGGUUCCAGCCCUCCUCCCAAAUCCCAGCUACCCUUCCCCCUUCAGUUUCUCCCCCUCAGGGGAUGGAGGCCGAGAGACCCCAGGAAGAAGAGGAAGAUGACCAGCAUCAGGGACCCCAUCAGGAUGAGCAUGACUGGCCCCCUAUGAACACCAGCACUCGGCCUUGGCGAUCUGCUCCUCCGUCCCCUCCUCCUUCAGGGACCCGUCACACAGCCCUGGGGCCCCGCUCCGCCUCCCUGCUCUCCCUACAGACUGAGCUCCUUCUGGAUUUGGUGGCGGAUGCCCAGUCCCGCCGCCUAGAGGAGCAGAGAGCCACCUUCCACAUCCCCCAGAAUCUCCCAAGCAGAGCCCCAGCCCCACACCGGCCUCUUGAGGACAGAGAACAGCUCUACAGCACUAUCCUCAGUCACCAGUGCCAGCGGAUGGAAGCCCAGCGGUCAGAGCCUCCCCUACCCCCAGGGGGACAGGAGCUCCUGGAGUUGCUGCUGAGAGUUCAGGGUGGGGGUCGAAUGGAGGAGCAAAGGUCCCGGCCCCCAACACAUACCUGCUGAGACUUGAGCCACCCCACCAGCCACUCCGCACUCUGGGGCUCAAAGCUGGCCAGCCCUCAACUACUGGGUGGCAGGGGCACCAGAGACUGGAGGACCCAGGAGAAAUCUCAAUAUUCAUCACCCUCAUCCACCUUUUCUGGGAAUGGAGGGGGUGAAAGUCCUCAAACCCUGAGCAUAGUCAAAGUAGGAUGGUCAUUUAACUCCCAUCCCCUAGUGUGUGGGAGCUUGAAGCAGUGAAGGAAUCCUAGCCACUGAGGGACACCCCACCCCCUCCUCUGAUCACAGGGAGUGGUUCUAAGUCCUGAGUUGUGGAGACAUCCCCA